AUGAAAAAGUCUUAUCUUUGGAGUCUUGCUGUUCUCACGGGCAUAACCCAUGCUUUGGAGCCACAACAACAACUCCUGGACAGUCAACACGAAAUACCAGCACCAACAACCCACCUCGACAGCAUAAUCGCCUCAUCACCCCUCCUCUCAUUCCAUAGAGACAUUGUGAAAAUCCCCUCAAUUAGCGAGAACGAAAGAGACGUUGGUGAAUACAUCAUCAACUUUCUCACCUCGCACAACUUCACCGUCGAAAAACAAAUCGUCACUCCGGGCAACGCAACAACAAAAGAAAGAUUCAAUGUCUACGCCUACGUGGGAGAAAACCGGUUCCCAGAUGUUCUAUUAACCAGCCACAUCGACACUGUCCCUCCAUUCAUAGAAUACUCACUGCACGCACCCAAGUCCGCGUCCUCCUCCUUUAACAGGGAAGACCUAAUCAUCGCGGGCCGCGGCACUGUAGACGCAAAAGCCAGCGUCGCAGCAAUCACAUUCGCAGCCCUGGAAACCCUCCAGCAGGACCCCGAUGCCUCGCUGGGCCUCUUAUUCGACGUCGGCGAAGAGAAAUCCGGCAUCGGCAUGAAACAUUUCUCAAACUCAGACCUCAACCCAGACCCAGCAAGCUACUCCGCAAUCAUCUUCGGGGAGCCUACUGAACUUAAGCUUGUGGCGGGUCACAAAGGGAACCUGGCGUUCAAGAUUAUUUCCCAAGGCAAAGCCGCGCACUCGGGGUAUCCCCAUCUAGGCAAAAGUGCUAUUUCAGCUAUUCUGCCUGUGCUGCAGUAUAUCGAUACCUUGGAGAAUCUGCAUCCGGAUCAGGGGGGCUUGCUGCGGAGCGAGAAGUUUAAUGGCUCGACGCUGAACAUUGGUGUGGUUUCUGGGGGGCAGGCGGGGAAUAUUGUUCCGGCGUACGCGGAGGCGGUUGUUUCUGUUCGUCUUGCGGCUGGGACGCCGGAUGAUACGAGGGAGAUUAUUCAGAGGGCUGUGGAUGCUGUGACGGGAGGGGAGGGGGGUGUUUUUGUUGAUUUUGGGGAUCGGGGUGGUGCGCCGCCUCAGCAUCUUGAUGUUGAUGUUGAGGGGUUUGAUGUUAUUACUGUGAACUAUGGGACGGAUGUUCCUGCUUUGGAGAUUCAUGGGGGUGGCAAGAAGGUGAAGAGGUAUCUUUAUGGACCUGGGACUAUUCAUGUUGCUCAUGGGGAUGAUGAGGCCAUUUCUGUUGGAGAGUUGGAACGGGCUGUGCAGGGGUAUAAAAGGCUCAUUAAAGCGGCGCUGUAG